UGCAUUGACCGGAAGCUCUGCUGUCAUGGAACCCUACAGAAGGACUAAAGGGAAUGCGAUGAGUCCCGCUCACCCACCGGGACCGGUCCCGGGACUUCUAAGGCCCUGACAUGAAAUAUACGACGCUGCGUUGGCUUUGCGUGCUCAGCCUCCUAAGCCUGUCGGUCUUGUUGUGGUUCGGACAUGUGAUCAGCAGGUGGGACCAUGCAUUUCCGGCCACCGCCGCGGGGCUCAGGUACGGGCUCUGGGGGUACGUCCGGAUCCGGCCAGACAGGGUGGAACAGUUCCUGGACCUGCACUUCAACCAGUGCGCCCUGAUCUCCAGUUCCGGCCAGAUGCGCAACUCUGGCUUGGGCGCCGACAUCGACCGAAUCCCGUGCGUGAUCCGCAUGAACGAUGCGCCCACGGUGGGCUACGAGGCCGACGUGGGUGGCCGCACAAGCGUGCGUGUGGUCUCUCACACCAGCGUGCCACGCCUGAUCAAAGACCGGCACCGCUACUUUAGAGAGGGGGCUGACACGGCGUACGUCUUCUGGGGGCCUGACAAGAACAUGAGGAUGGACGGGAAGGGCACCGUCUUCAACGCUCUGCAGAGGAUCGCCGCCCAGUAUCCUGGCGCUAAACUCUACGCCAUGACCCCGGAGAGGGUCCAGCUCUGUGAUGACAUCUUUCAGAAUGAAACGGGGAAGAAUCGAUUCAAGUCUGGAGCGUACCUCAGCACUGGGUUCUUCACAAUGAUUUUGGCUCUGGAGAUGUGCGAGCGCAUCCAAGUUUACGGGAUGAUUAACGCCGACUACUGCAGACGGACCAAUCGCAGUGCGGUGCUGUACCAUUACUACGACCAGGUGGCGACAGACGAGUGCCUGAUGUACAAGGUCCAUGAACACAAGCGACGCGGUGGUCACCGCUUUAUCACAGAGAAGGCCAUCUAUGCCAAGUGGGCUGCGCGCCACAAGAUGGAGUUCACGCACCCCUCGUGGAAUUUGUGAACCGGCUCCUGGAAAACGCCAUCACUCGGAUUUGGCUUUUUUGAAUGAAUGAAAUAAAACCAGAAUGGCUGAAUUUGA